AUGACCCUCACCGAGCGUGCCCGAUUGGAGGCCCUUCUCGGCGACCCAGGCAACGAGGAUACCCCGGACCUUGUGACGGUAUGUGUUGAUCUCCAUGAGAGGCUGACAGGCAUGCAGUCCUCUCAAGAUGAUCUGGUCCAGAAUCUGGAGGCUAGAAACGACCAUCAACGCAGCGAGUAUAGAGAACUCGUUACCCGGUUAAUGGACCGCUUGAAGACGUUAGAGGAUGAGGUGAUCAUCCUCAAGAGGGCUGUUGUCAACAAUCCCUCUACUUCAGCAAAUCAGGAGGCCCCUUCAAAGGUACGAGUCCCCGACCCCAAGAGCUUUGCAGGAAGCCGUGACUCGAAGGAACUGGAGAACUUCCUUUGGGACCUUGAAAACUACUUCAAGGCUGCCAAAGUCCCAGCAGAUGAUCAAGUCAAUAUGGCAGCGAUGUUCUUAUCCGCAGACGCCAAAUUGUGGUGGAGGACAAGGGUGGCGGAUGACCUUAACGCGGGGAGGCCGCGUAUUGAUACUUGGGAGGCCCUGAAGAAGGAACUGCGCGAGCAGUUCCUCCCCUGCAACACGAGUUGGUUGGCAAGGGAUUCGCUGAAAAAACUACGUCAGACAGGUUCAACCCGAGAUUAUGUCAAGCAAUUCAGUUCCCUCAUGCUUGACAUCUCCAACAUGUCGGAGGAAGACAAGCUCUUCAACUUCCUUUCCGGGUUGCAGCCUUGGGCCCAAACUGAAUUGCGGAGACAAGCGGUCAAGGACAUCCCUUCGGCCAUGGCAGCAGCUGAAGCCUUGGUGGACUUCCGCAACGUGGCUCAGAAUGCGGGAGCUAAGGAGAAGACUAAGGCUACUGAUCCUAAGCCUAAGUCCCGCAAUUGGAAGAAGAAGCGUGGUGGUAAAGACCUGGGAGGAGAGGCCAAUCAGCAGGCGGUGGCCAGACCUAAACCGCAGCCCAAUGAUCAGAAGAAGAAGCCUUGGAGUUGCUUCAUCUGCGGGGGGCCUCACCAUGCCCGAGUUUGCCCUAAGAAAGGAGUGCUCACUGCUCUUGUAUCGCAGAGUUCUGAUGCCUCUGCAUCCCCUGAAGAGCCGAGCACAUCGAGAGUGAAUCCACUACAACUAGUCAAUGCAAUUGCAGCAGAGCGGAUAUCACCCAGCUAUUCUGGACUGAUGUACUUGGAGGCGAAGGUAAACGGCAAGACAGCGCGUGCUAUGCUGGACACCGGAGCCACCAACAACUUCAUCUCACAGCGUGAAGCCGCACAGUUGGAGCUGCAGAUUGCUGACAGUUCGAGCAAGAUAAAAGCUGUCAAUUCAGGUGCCAUGCCUGUGCAUGUUUCGGCCAAAGUGCAGCUGACCUUUGGACCAUGGACAGGUCCUUGUUCCCUUAUGGUGGUUCCCCUCGACGACUUUGAUCUGAUCUUAGGGAUGGAGUUCUUCCGUCAUGCGAAAGUCAGCAUCAUCCCACAUUUAUAUGGAGUGAUGAUCGGCGCUGAGCAUGCGCCGGGCUUCGUCCACACCGAAGCUACUGUUCCCCUCGCUGAUAAGGGGAAAGGAGUUCUCAUCUCAGCCAAACAGGCGUGUAAGGGGCUGAAGCAUGGCCGAGACACCUACUUGGCGGCCGUGAGGGAGAUUCAGUCUGAUCCACACCCGGAACCACCUGCAGAGGUACUCCCUUUACUUGCUGAAUUUUCUGAUUUGAUGCCGGAUGAUCUACCUCGGGAGUUACCACCUCGGAGAGCCAUAGACCAUCAGAUUCAGCUGGUACCAGGGGCGGUUCCACCAGCACGUCCACCUUAUAGGAUGUCUCCAAUGGAGUUGGCCGAGUUGAGGCGCCAGCUUGAUGAAAUGCUGGAGGGCGGUUUGAUUCAGCCAUCAAAAGCCCCCUUCGGUGCACCAGUGCUCUUUCAGAAGAAGCAUGAUGGGUCCCUGAGGAUGUGUGUUGAUUACAGGGCCCUGAACAAGGUGACGAUCAAGGAUCGUUACCCCGUACCCAAUGCGGCCGAUUUGUUUGACAGACUAGCACAGGCGGCCUACUUCACCAAGCUAGAUUUGCGUUCGGGGUAUUGGCAGGUACGAAUUGCAAAAGGUGAUGAAUCCAAAACUGCAUGCGUAACUAGGUAUGGAUCUUUCGAGUUUUUGGUUAUGCCCUUUGGCUUAACCAACGCCCCGGCUACUUUUUGUAAACUCAUGAACGAUGUCUUAUAUCCCUACCUCGAUGAUUUUGUAGUGGUCUAUUUAGAUGAUAUUGUUGUCUAUAGUCCUACCUUAGAUAAACAUCUAGACCACCUUCAUGCUGUUUUCUCUUGUUUAAAAAAAAAUAAUUUGUAUGUGAAAAGAGAGAAGUGCCAGUUCUGUCAGACAGAGGUGAACUUCUUAGGACACCGCAUCAGCAACGGCAAAAUCAGCAUGGAGCCAAGCAAAGUCCAGGCGGUGCUAGAUUGGCCCGAACUUACCAAUGUGGCGGAGCUUCGUUCCUUCCUUGGAUUGGCCAACUACUACCGGAGGUUUGUCAGGGGUUACUCUCAGAUUGCAUGUCCCCUCACCGACUUAUUGAAGAAGGGCCACAAGUGGCUGUGGACGGACGAGUGCAGUGCAGCCUUCAAAUCGCUGAAGGAAGCCAUAGCAAGCGAGCCGGUUCUUCGAUUACCUGACUUCAGCAAAUCUUUUGAGGUACAUAUGGAUGCCUCUAACCUGGCUCUUGGUGGUGUAUUGAUACAGGAUGGACAUCCAGUUGCUUUUGAAAGUCGAAAAUUCAAUGACACUGAACGGCGGUACACGGUCCAUGAGAAGGAGAUGACAGCGGUAAUCCAUUGCUUGGACAAGUGGAGGCAUUACCUCCUUGGAGUUCCUUUCAUGGUGGUCACAGACAACGUGGCCAACACUUACUUCCAAACCCAAAAGAAGCUCACCCCCAAGCAGGCCCGAUGGCAGGAGUACAUGGCCGAGUUUGACUUCGAGUGGGUACACCGCCCAGGUCGGCAAAACUUGGUGGCGGAUGCUCUUAGCCGCAAGUCAUUGGAGGGUUAUGUUGCUGCUAUAACUUCCUUCCAAGGUGACUUUCUUACCCGAUUAAAGAAUUUUGCUGACACUGACCCAGAGUACAAGAAAUUGCUGCAAGCGGUGAAUAAUGGUGAGCUGCAAAAAUACUGGGUCGAUGGUGGCCUGCUGCAUGCGAGAGGAGGCCGAUUGUUUGUGCCAAAAGGAGGAGGCCUUCGGCAGAUUUUGUUGAAGGAGUCCCAUGACCCGCAGUGGGCGGGACACCCUGGAGCUGAGCGCAUGAAGGCCCUCAUCUCUCGGUCCUAG